AUGGAGCUGUACAAACUGUCGGGACGCCGCAGCGGAGGCGUCUGUUUGAACUGUCGCCACAACACUGCGGGACGCCACUGCCACUACUGCAAAGAGGGCUACUACAGAGACCUGACCAAGACCAUCUCCCACCGCCGGGCCUGCAGAGCGGGCGACCGCAGCAGCGUGGGAAGCACUGCGAGCGUGGCGAGUACCCGCAGUGCAGGAAGUGGACAAAGCACAGAGGGGAAUAGCGCCAACAACGGGUCCACUCAGAGCUGCGGCGUGACUCACCCUGACAAGGUGGUGCCCUCUGCUGGAGACAGUCAGCACGACUCCUCUGCAGGCACAGAUGUGGUCUCCUUGGGCCCGGGGGUGGGUCCAGCAGUGGGGGCGGUGGGUCCCCCGGUCUCCAUGGGAACGCCCCGACGCCACACGGUCACGGUCCAGUCCAGAACCGAGCCACUCACACAGCAGUUUGUUCGGCCACAGCAGCUCCUCGACGGAAAGGAUGCAGAGGCCAUCUUCCAGUGGCUCAGUGACUUCCAGCUCGAGCAGUACACUCCCAACUUCCUGAACAACGGUUACGACGUGCCGACGAUCAGCCGCAUGACGCCAGAGGACCUGACGGCCAUCGGAGUGACCAAACCUGGACAUCGGAAGAAGAUAUCUCUGGAGAUCACCAACCUGAAUAUCCCAGAGUGGCUCCCGGAUUAUAUACCAAGUGACCUGGGGGAGUGGCUCAGUACUAUAGGAUUACUGCAGUACCAGAGGAUGCUCUGUGAGAACGGUUACGACUCGAUGGAGAUCGUCAAAGACCUGAGCUGGGAGGACCUGCAGGAGACCGGCAUCAGCAAACUGGGUCACCAGAAGAAGCUGAUGUUGGCGGUGAGGCGUGUGUGCGAGCUGCACAGGGCCGUGCAGGGGGGGGGCACCCUGAGGAGACGGGCCCCUCCCCCCCCAUCUGAGGACCCCAUGAGCAGCCAGGAUGGGGAGCUCUCUUCGGAGCUGUCUUGUGCAGCUCUUCGCCCCGGCGAGGCACUGAGCCUCAGUCUAAGUUUGUCGCACAGCGACGACAGUUUGGGACGCUCCCGAGGGUCGGGUCGCUCUCAGGACACGCCCCUGUCCCCGCCUCUGGCCACACCCCCUGACACGCCACAGGACACGGCCGAGAUCAGAGACCCGACUCGACCCAAACACGUGCCUCAGGGCACGGCCACAGUCUUCAAGUACCCCAGCGUCCCGCCCAAGCCACGGCUGUCCCCGCGGGGCCUCUCCCUCCUGAAGCAGCCGCACGUAUCCCGCGGCUCUCUGUCAGACGGCGAACAGGGAGAAGACGAGGACGAGGCGGCGCUGCCUCCAUCCUACGCCACCGUGCGCCGCUCGCACCGAGGCGCGGCGGGCUCCGAGCUCGAGCGCGUGGGGAGGAGUCAGUCCUUCGCUGUCAGAGCGCGCAGGAAAGGCCCGCCCCCUCCUCCGCCCAAACGCCUCAGCUCCGUCAGUUCCCCGAGUGACGACCAGAGCGACAGCAGCAUGAGUGACAGCAGCCCGGGGCGCGUGCGUAGCCUCAGCACGUCCCUCAACACGACCCUAAACACGACCCUCAAUACGACCCUGCAGAGGCCGGCAGAGAGCGCACCGCAGGAGAGCGCAUUGGGCGGGACGUCCCAGAGCAGCUCCAGUGAGUGCAUCCCCUUCGCAGAGGAAGGGAAUCUGACCAUCAAACAACGGCCUAAAGCCCCACCGCCCCCAAGGGCUGAGGAGGAGUCUGACACUGUGAAACGCCGAAAACCUAAAGAGCAGGGUGAGGGGUCUCCCAGCCGCGAGGUCCCAGAGGAGGGGUCCGAGAGCUGGACGUCAAGUCAAGAGGAGCUCCGGGCUAUCGCCUUCAGACCAGCCCACUCCCCUGGGUCUCCUCUCAGACCAACCCUGGACCGACCCUCCUCCCCUGGGUCUCCUCUCAGACCAACCCUGGACCGACCCUCCUCCCCUGGGUCUCCUCUCAGACCAACCCUGGACCGACCCUCCUCCCCUGGGUCUCCUCUCAGAUUCGACCCCCUCUUCAGACCAGGCUCUUUGGGGCUGCUUCACAGACCUGGCACCCCUGGCUUGCCUCUCCACAGACCUGGCUCCCCAGGCUUGCCUCUCCACAGACCUGGCUCCCCUGGCUUGCCUCUCCACAGACCUGGCUCUCCUGGCUUGCCUCUCCACAGACCUGGCUCCCCAGGCUUGCCUCUCCACAGACCUGGCUCCCCUGGCUUGCCUCUCCACAGACCUGGCGCCCCUGGCUUGCCUCUCCACAGACCUGGCUCCCCUGGCUCGCCUCUCCACAGACCUGGCUCUCCUGGCUCGCCUCUCCACAGACCUGGCUCUCCUGGCUCGCCUCUCCACAGACCUGCUCUCUCGCCGAAACCAGUGGUGGCCCCUAAACCUCUGCGCCAGUGUCUGCUGAGUGACGGCUCCGGUCGCUCCUCUCCUGGGUUCUCCAUCUCCGUCAUCCAGAGCGUGGCCUUCUCCUCGCCGCCCUCCUCCCGCUGCCUAAGCCCUGCCCUCAGCCCCUCCCGCUGCCUAAGCCCUGCCCUCAGCCCCUCCCGCUGCCUAAGCCCCGCCCUCAGCCCCUCCCGCUGCCUGAGCCCCUCCCGCGGUCACAUGACCUCCCCGCGGCCCCCGGAGUGUGAGGUGCAGCUCAGGUUGGAUCAGACCAGUGUGAGUUUAGAGGCCGCUCUUCAGGACGCAGAGAGGAGCCUGGAUCACAGCACAGGUUCGGUGAAAUGUGCCGGGACGAUUCUGGACGACAUCGGCUCCAUGUUCGACGACCUCGCGGAUCAGCUGGACGCCAUGUUGGAAUGA